AUGUCUUUCCACAUCGAGAACAAAGCCGUCGGCGACCCGCACAACUCGGAAGAUUGGCGCAUCAAGGGCUACAAUCCCCUCACACCCCCCGACCUUCUUCAGAGCGAGAUCCCCCAGACAGCCAAGUCAAGAGACACAGUGCUCAAGGCGCGUGACGAAGCUGUUGAGAUUGUCCAAGGCAAAGAUGCACAGAAGCGGUUACUCGUCGUCAUCGGCCCGUGCUCUAUCCACGACCCUCCCGCCGCCCUCGAAUACUGCGACCGGUUGAUGAAGCUCAAGGAGAAGUACCAGGAUGAUCUCCUCAUUGUCAUGCGCUCUUACUUGGAGAAGCCGCGCACGACUGUAGGCUGGAAAGGUCUCAUCAACGACCCGGACAUCGACAACAGCUUCAAGAUCAACAAGGGCCUGCGCAUCUCAAGACAGCUCUUUGCUGAUCUGACUGAGAAGGGAAUGCCUCUGGCGAGCGAGAUGCUUGAUACCAUCUCCCCCCAGUUCUUGGCCGAUAUGUUCAGUGUAGGCGCAAUCGGUGCCCGGACUACAGAGUCGCAGCUUCACCGUGAGCUUGCUUCGGGUCUGUCCUUCCCGGUUGGUUUCAAGAACGGCACAGACGGUACCCUCGAUGUCGCUAUUGACGCCAUCGGCUCCGCGAAGCACCCCCACCACUUCCUCUCCGUCACCAAGCCUGGCGUUGUCGCCAUUGUCGGCACCAUUGGCAACGACGACUGCUUCAUCAUCCUUCGCGGUGGAAAGAAGGGCACAAACUACGAUGCGAAGAGCGUCAAGGAGGCGCGCGAGAAGCUCGAAUCCAAGGGCAUGAACUCGCGUUUGAUGAUUGACUGCAGUCACGGCAACUCGGAAAAGAACCACAUGAACCAGCCCAAGGUUGCGCAUGCGGUUGCUGAGCAGAUCGAGGCUGGAGAGACGGCUGUCAUGGGUGUCAUGAUCGAGAGCAACAUCAAGGCUGGCACUCAGAAGGUCCCCAAGGAAGGCAAGGCUGGCCUCGAGUACGGCAUGUCCAUCACUGAUGCAUGCAUCGACUGGGAAACCACCGAGACAGUGCUCGCCGAGCUUGCUGGCGCUGUCGCCAAGAGGAGGACUCUACUCAGCCAGAACGGCACCAACUAA